AUGAAGAAGACACUGCUUCUAUGUUUCAUCCACGGCUUCAAGGGCGACGAUGAUACCUUCCGUAAAUUCCCCCAGCACCUGCGCGCCGUGCUAGACAGCACCCUCCAGAAGGUCGACGUCUUGACCGUCACGUACCCCCAGUACGAAACGCGCGGCGAUCUCAAGUCUUGUGUGGCGAAAUUCAAGGAGUGGUUGCAGAACAAGGUCAUCGACCUCGAGGUUGCAAAUGGCACUUCCUCGCCCACCAUCGACCCCUCGGUGAGGGUUGUUCUGUGCGGCCAUUCGAUGGGCGGUAUCGUGGCUGCGGAGACGCUUCUCUCUAUCUCAAACGAACAGCCCAUCAACCCGGACUCGGAUAGCUCCACGUCCCAAACCACCCUCUUGUUUCCAUACAUCCAGGGCAUUCUCGCUUUCGACACCCCAUACUUGGGAAUCUCGCCGGGGAUUGUCGCGCACGGAGCAGAAGGGCACUGGAACACGGCAACGGCUGCGUACAAUGCCUAUAGCAGCGUAGCAGAUACAUUCGGGUGGGGCAAGAAGCAGGAGGCCAACCCAGACGUGAUCGCCGCAAGCAAGACGCUCCCGGCAGCGGCGUCGUCGUCAGCAGACCCAAACGUCGACACGGCCGUGGUGCCUGCCUGGCAGAAAUUUGGCAAGAUAGCAAUGUUCGCCGGUGCCGCAGGCGCGCUCGCGGCAGCAGGAGGGGCGGCCUACAUGAAACGGGAACAGUUAAGCGAGGGCUGGCAGUUUGUCGGCUCCCAUCUCGAGUUCGUCGGGUGUCUGGCGCGCCAGGAAGAGAUGAAGAAGAGACUAGCCACGGUUGUGACGCUCUCGGAAACCUUGGAGCUCGGCUUCGCAGACCUCUACACGCAGCUCGGGCAGGCCGUCCAGCAGCAAGGCGCAACAAAAUGGAGCUCGGGCGUGCUGGGCCAGGACCGCACGUUCUGCAUCGUCCCUAAAACAGACAUCAAGAAGCACUUCAUUCCCAUCGUGAACGACAAGGCGACGGCUGAGACGUGGGCACACACGGGCAUGUUCGAUCCCAAGCAGCACCCCAACUACUACAGCAUGGCGGAGACGGCCGUGGAGCUGGUAGUGAACUGGACGACGUCGACCUCUUGGUACGAGGAGGCCACUGGGUAUGAUCCUCCAUCACGGCCCGAGGAGGCAGCCGACGACGAGUCACUAACAGUUGAUGAAGACCUGGAGAUGAUCGAGAAGCCUGAUGUAGAUCAAGACGACUAUGAAGACCUGGCUGAGUCUUUGAUGCGCCGGCGGCCCUAA